UUGACAGUUGACAAUUGACAUUGAAGUUUGUUUGGACGCCGGCUUAAUGGCGUCUUUCCUGUGAUUGUGUUGAUCCCGUUCCCGCUUUCCGCCAAAUUGAAAUUUAUUUCGCUAAUUAUAAAGCAAAUCAUAAUAUCAAAAUGACGAUCGGAAAAAAUAAUAAGAUGCAACAGCAUCUAAACUAUCGCGUAAGGGUGAUUUUACAAGAUUCUCGUACUUUCAUCGGGACCUUCAAAGCAUUUGAUAAACAUAUGAAUUUAAUUUUGGGAGAUUGCGAGGAAUUCAGAAAGAUCAAGUCUAAAAACAGUAAGACUGUCGACAGAGAAGAGAAAAGAACUCUCGGUUUUGUAUUGCUGCGUGGUGAGAAUAUUGUUUCUCUCACAAUUGAGGGGCCACCACCACCGGAAGAAGGCUUGCCCCGUGUGCCACUACCUGGGGCAAUGGGCGGUCCGGGUGCCGGUAGAUCAGCCGGCCGCGGGUCCGGUAUGGGAGGUGCUCCUCCAGGUCUGCAAGGACCCGCUAGAGGCGUCGGAGGACCUUCGCAUCAACAUAUGGCGCCUGGCAGAGGACAAUUAUCAGCACCACCACAAAUGCGCGGUGGCCCUAUGAUGGGAGGACCACCCCCAGGAAUGAUGGGCGCACCUCCUGGAAUGGGGAGAGGAGGCCCUGGUGGGCGUGGACCACCAGGUAUGCGCCGAUACUAGUGUUAGUGACAGUGAUACAUUCUAAUAAUGUACAAUGUGUAUAUGUAAAAGUAAACCUUCAAAUUGGCUUUGAAGCCAGAAGUUGUGUACAUCAGCUUCCAGCAAUUGUGAAUUUACAAUAAUUAUUGUCAGCUGUUUCAGACAGAAGUACCUAUACCUAAGAACCAUUUUGAAAAAUGAUUACAGUUAAGUAAAUUAAUA